CUACCAACAUCAUCUUCCACUACACAAUACUAUAAUAAUAUCUAUAUCUAUAUAUGUAACUUCUCCUCGGUGCUUUCAAUCAAUAUUCAUCUUCCUCCCGAUUCCAGAUUAAACCCUAAAUCAAAAUGCCAAUUAGGAACUGGGGGUUUCUUCUUUUCGUUUUUGUUUCGGUUAGUAGCGUAGCUUUGUCUGUUUCAGACCCGAUUACUCAACAGAAGUUGGAUCAGGUUCUGAACUUGCCUGGUCAGAGUUUUAAUGUCGACUUUGCACACUAUGCUGGGUAUGUUACUGUUAAUGACGAAUCCGGGAGAGCUCUGUUUUACUGGUUGACGGAAGCUGUUGAGGAUCCUGCUUCCAAACCUCUUGUUCUUUGGCUCAAUGGAGGGCCUGGAUGUUCAUCAAUUGCAUAUGGGAUGGCUGAAGAGGUCGGGCCAUUUCAUGUCAAUAAAGAUGGAAAGUCGGUUUACUUGAACCCGUAUUCUUGGAACACUGUGGCAAAUUUGUUGUUUCUUGAUUCCCCUGCUGGAGUUGGAUAUUCUUACUCAAAUACCACUUCAGAUAUCUUGAACAAUGGAGAUAAAAGAACUGCUGCAGAUUCACUUCAAUUUCUCUUGAAUUGGCUUGAAAGAUUUCCUCAAUUUAAAGGAAGGGAUUUCUAUAUAGCAGGCGAAAGCUAUGCAGGACAUUAUGUUCCUCAACUAAGCCAAGCCAUCGUGAGAUACAACAAAGAAAAUACAAAAAGUCCAAUUAAUCUCAAGGGUUACAUGGUGGGAAAUGCCCUAACAGAUGAUUAUAGUGAUCAUGUUGGACUUUUCCAAUUUAUGUGGGCAGCUGGCUUAAUUUCAGAUCAAACUUACAAGAAAUCAAACGAAUUAUGUGACAGGGAAUCUUUUAUUCACCCAUCACGUGAAUGUGACCAAAUAGUUGAUAUUGCUUAUGAAGAAAUGGGUAAUAUCGACGCGUAUUCCAUCUUUACCCCUCCUUGCACUGCAACUGGUGUCACUAAACGCCUUUUAAGAAGAUGGCAUAAAGUCGGGCAUAUUGGGCAGAGUUAUGAUCCUUGUACUGAACAACACUCCACAAUUUACUUCAAUUUACCCGAGGUCCAAAAUGCCCUUCAUGUUUUCCACAGCAACACAUCAAGAAAAUGGGAAACUUGCAACAAUGUUGUAAACUUGAAUUGGAAAGAUUCUCCUAUAUCUGUUCUCGAUGUUCAUCAAGAACUUAUAAGCUCAGGACUCCGCGUUUGGAUAUUCAGUGGUGAUACGGAUGCGGUGAUUCCCGUCACUUCUACUCGUUACAGCAUAGACGCUCUCAAGCUUCCGACGGUUAGCCCAUGGCGUGCAUGGUACGAUGAUGGCCAGGUUGGAGGGUGGACACAGGGGUAUGAAGGGUUAACUUUUGUAUCGGUCAGGGGAGCAGGGCAUGAGGUGCCUUUGCAUAAACCGAAGCUAGCGCUUGUGCUCAUUAAGAAUUUCUUAGCGGGAACUUCCAUGGCAUCAUUUGAUCAAGUGAUUGAGUCCAAAACUUCUGCUUCAGAACAAAAAGAAAGAAAGAUGACUAGCAAAAUACCAAAUUGUCAUUGCAAAGUCUUUUAUUAA